GAGCGCACACGUAUCGCACGCUGUUUAUUCCCCGCUGCUGCCUGUGUCUGUGCUGCGCAUGCGCGGGGUGGGCGUGUGUCGAGUGGCAGCCGGGCCUCCAAUAGGACGCGGAGGGCAGAGCAUGUGGGGAGCUUGUUUACAAUUAAAGCCCAGAGAAGAAGCUCUAACCCGGCCGGCAGGAGGAGCUGGAGGAGGCGGGAGGGAGGGGGAAGGAUCCCGACGCACUGACUUGUUGGACAGAAAACCCGGCGCGCGGCAUCUGGUACACAAACAGCCAAUCCUACUCCCCGCGCGCAUCAGCCUCUCCGCCUGGCCCAGCAAAUCCGGAGUGUUCGUCAUCCCAGUCCUCUGAUCCAGCUCGGGUUUUCCCUGCAGCUCAAUGUGAGGCUUGCGGAGCUGCUAUAGGGAGAGGGGAGGGAGAUCAGCGGCGGCAAGAAGCAAAAGCAGGGGGAGAGCGAGGGCACAUUCAUUCCCCAAACAAGCCCGUGGCAGGUCCCAUCGAGCGCAGGGCAGCUGACAAUGGCCAGCAUGCUGUCGAAACGUCUUGGCAAGAGGUCCCUCCUUGGGGCCAGAGUUUGCACCCCGACUUUGUCUGGAGAUGGAAUGUUGGUGGAUGGGCAGAUACAAGCAGAGAUGGCCGGUGGACUCAACGCUGGGGCAUUUGACGGCGGAUACUGCAAGGAAUACCCAGAGGAUGGCAGCUGCGCUUCCGCAAUCUCUCCUUCCAGCCGCUUUAAGUUGUAUCCCGGCCAAAAGGUUUAUAUCACGCACAAUGGUAAGGAGUAUGUUGGUUUGGUGGAGCAGCACAAUCACGUGGAUGAUGAGGUGAAGCUGUUUGUGUUUGAGCUGGGGCUUCACCUCUGCAGAAAGAUGGAGGACGUGCGCCUCGCUGAGACCCCAAAACCGUUGUCCUCACCGACUGAACAAACUCUUCCAACAAGCCCCGGGGCAACUUCCACCACUGCACAGAGAUCCGUGUCUCGCAGCAUUGAUGUCCCCAAAAGGAGGUCGGAUGCGGUAGAGAUGGAUGAGAUGAUGGCGGCUAUGGUACUGACCAGCUUAUCCUGCAGCCCCAUCGUACAGAGCCCCCCGUGCACUGACAGCAUCCCAGCUCCUCAAGUAACAUGUGACUUGUGGAAAGAGAGUGGAGAUGUGUCUGACAGUGGGAGCAGUACCACCAGUGGCCAUUGGAGCGCUGGCAGUGGGGUCUCCACUCCCUCUCCUCCUCAUACAGAAGCCAGCCCAAAGUACCCCAGCGAGGUCUUCAGCGCUUCCCACGUGGACGAGGGCUUUGAGACUGACCCCGAUCCAUUUCUGUUGGAUGAACCAGCGCCACGGAAGAGAAAGAACUCUGUUAAAGUCAUGUACAAGUGCCUGUGGCCAAACUGUGGGAAACUGCUUCGAUCCAUUGUCGGAAUUAAACGCCACGUGAAGACACAACACCUUGGCGAUGGCUUGGAUUCUGACCAGCGCAAGAGAGAGGAGGAUUUCUACUACACUGAGGUCCAAAUGAAGGAGGAUUCUGAAGCUGAGCCCACACCAAAAAGUCCAAUCACUGCCACUGCUCCCCUCCUGAUUCAGCCAGUGCCAGCCAAACCUGAGACCCAUGCUUUGGAGGUGCCAUCCAUAGAAUCUCCAUUGUCCAGUGCCCUCAGCCAGUCUGCUCCAGGCUCCUUUUGGCACAUCCAAGCUGAUCAUGCUUACCAGGCACUGCCUUCCAUCCAGAUUCCAGUUUCCCCUCAUAUCUUCACCAGUAUAAGUUGGGCAGCUGCUCAGUCUACAAUCCCGACACUUUCUCCGAUACGAAGUCGGUCACUCAGCUUCGGGGAACAGCAACAGCAGACGCCGUCGAUAAAGUCCCACCUCAUUGUGGCGUCUCCUCCUCGGGCAAGCAACGGCAACCGGAAAAUCCGCGGUGAAGCCAAGAAGUGCCGCAAAGUUUACGGCAUUGAGCAUCGAGAUCAGUGGUGCACGGCUUGCCGGUGGAAAAAGGCCUGUCAGCGGUUCCUGGACUGAGCGUGUAGACGCGCCGCUCUGCUGAGGUGGACAGACUUCCGCUUCCAUCCCUGAAGCGACUCGGGAGUUUUCGUUCUUGGAAAGGGGCGGUGACUAAAGACUCUGUAAAUUCCAAAUCCUGUAAAGAUGUAAAUUCCAAGACGUAUACAACGUGUAUGUUAGCCAGAUUACUUUUUAAAAGAUCUUUUAUUUUACGUUUUGUUUUUGGUCUUAGACUGUAGGGGUUUUUUUUUCUUUUGUUUUUAAUCUUUGCUACGUGGAAGUGCAGGGACCAAAGUGUUUUAACCUCUUUUUUUUUCUUCCCAAACCCGUCGUGCUAUAGUUUGAUGAUAAGGUUUUAACAAUAGUUACUCGUCCUUGUAUAAUAGUGUCUUGUCCUGCUCCCUCCUCUCCAUCCACCUGUGAAAGUUCUACGAUAUAUAUAUUUUUUUUCUCUUUGUCUACAUACAUUUUAAAGUCCUGUAAAUACAGUAAAGAUACAUUUUGUAGCCCCCCUCCCCUCGGUUGUGGAGGGCACCCGUCAGCUUUUGUUUGAUCAUUAAGUAGGUUCUCUUGGAACUUGCAAGAAGAAAUAAGAUUAUCUUGUUUUCCAGCAGGGGUCGAGCAUUGGGUUUUGGAGACAAUGGGGCGUAUUUAUCAAGAGGUGAAAUAUAUAGUGAAUAAAGUACCCCCUAUUGUAAAAUAUAAGGAUAUUAUUAGUUACCCGGGGGUUCCAUGACCCUAUAAAAUGACGAGGCUGAGUGUUUUUAUACAGGUCAUGGAACGCCAAGGUUACUUCUAAUAUCCUCAUAUUUUGCAACUGGGGGUACUUUUAUUUAUUAUAAUACACAAGUUUUAGAGAGUCAUGUGAGAGAAAUGACAUCACUACUCACUGUUUAUAACUGAUGACAUCACUAGUCACCGUUUAUAAGGAUAUACUUUACAAGAUAUUCAUGGCUUUUGUGUAUUAUAGUUUGAUCUAUCGCUCUCUCUCUCUCUUUUUCUCUCAAUCUCGAAUUGUAGGGGAUUUUAAGAGACAUAUAUGAUGGGUUGCCCUUUGAUAAAUAUGCCCCUAAGGGCAGAGACACGCGCUCCGAUUCUGGGAGAUUGUCACCCGGCGAUAAAUCGCCUCUUCUUCCGGGCGACAAAUCUCCCCGAACUGCUUCCCGCCGGCUAGAAUCUAAAUCGCUUUGUAUUCCACAGUUGCCCAACAUUUCCUCAUGAAGCAAUUUCAUGCGACUUAGGCAAACGAAGCGCAAUGAAUGCCAAUGACAAAUAUCUUCCUCGGGGGCGACUACAUCUCCCCGAACUGCCUCCCGCCGGCUAGAAUGUAAAUCGCCGAUGGGAGGCAGUUUGGGGAGAUUAGUCGCUCCAAAGAAGAGGAGAUUUGACUCUGGGCAACUAAUCUCCUGGAAUCUGAUUGUGUGUCUCUGCCCUAAAACUUCUACACAAGGGAACAGAGUAAUGAGAUUUACCUUUUGAUAAAUAGUCUCCACUGAGACAGAUGUAUAACAACAUUGUGGCAAAUUUUAUUCUGAUACUACAGUUUGCUUUUAUUGAUAAUGUGAUGAGAAAGUUAUAAUCAAAUGUUUCCUUGUUACACAUUAUUUUAUAAGUCUUUACUUAUCUUUUACUAUCAGUUGAGUGCUAAAAAAAAAAAAGGGGGUAACUUUCCCAUCAAGCAGUGACCGUCUGCUCAUACCCCUGUGUGGGUGGGUAAGUCACAUUAAUGGUGCUUUGUUGCAGACAUUGUCCAUCAAUUGUGUUGUACGGUGACAGCUAGUGUGUUGCCCAAACGCCAGUUUAUUGUAGUUUGUGUUACUUCCGUAUGAUCUAUGGCUUGAUAAACAUCGGCUCACAAUUAGAUAAGACUUUCAUCCAGAGCUUUACACGAGUCUCUUAUAGUGAAUUUAACUGAAGAUUUCACGGUGCCUGUAGGAGGCUGUCGGGCGACAUAAAGUUCCCGUAUAUAAACUAAAUAAAGUACUAAUGGGAAUUUAAAUCCCCUUGCUGCAGGUGCACAACCAUAACUAAAGGCUUUCUACACCUAGGGACUGAUUUAUUAUUUAUUGAUAUCUGUGUGAUGCAUCUGGGAGUCAUGAUGUGGAUAGGAUAUGGGGGUGAUGCAUCUGGGAGUCAUGAUUUGAAUAGGAUAUGGGGGUGAUGCAUCUGGGAGUCAUGGUGUGGAUAGGACACGGGGGUGAUGCAUCUGGGAGUCAUGAUUUGAAAGAAUAUGGGGGUGAUGCAUCUGGGAGUUAUGAUGUGGAUAGGACACGGGGGUGAUGCAUCUGGGAGUCAUGAUUUGAAUAGGAUAUGGGGGUGAUGCAUCUGGGAGUCAUGAUGUGGAUAGGACACGGGGGUGAUGCAUCUGGGGAGUCAUGAUUUGAAAGAAUAUGGGGGUGAUGCAUCUGGGAGUUAUGAUGUGGAUAGGACACGGGGGUGAUGCAUCUGGGAGUCAUGAUUUGAAUAGGAUAUGGGGGUGAUGCGUCUGGGAGUCAUGAUGUGGAUAGGUGUUCGUACACAUGGGUGCAGCUGUGCAUUUCUUUAUACGGAUACCCAUGGCAAAUGAGUGUGUUCGACUGCUCUCAGAUAAUGCGCCAUGUUGUUAACACUUUCCUGUCUGUACGAAAAUUAUUAAAUUACUGCAGUCUGUUUAGGGUUCUUCUACUCCCCUAAUCUCCCCGCCACAAUUUUAGUAAUGGGCAGUUACCCAAGUCAUGCUGGAUACACAUUCAUUUAUAUAUCUUUGUAGCACUUAUAAAUCCUCAUGUUGUAGCUCGCUCAUUGCAGAAAACAUACCCCGUUGUGAAAGCAGAGUUUAUUAACUCUGUUUUGUGCAUGGAACGUCCCCUUCUGCUUAUUCGUAUUUGUGCAUUAAUGGUGCUGCCUCGGCUAAGGCAUUGCAGUUUUAGGCAUAUCUGCUCGUAGCCACUGGCAAUGAUAAUCUGCUACAUUGAAGAACCAGUUAAGGCAACAUGGCAGCUUCCACUCAACCUGUAAAUGAAUGUUCUGUGUUCACAAUAAGCUUCACUCACUUUUAGCCUAUGUACCAUGAAUCAUAAAUGACGUAUAAAUCGCCAAUAGUUUAAAUGUAAAUAAAUAAGAAUCCUAACAGAUAAGAGACAGAAUUUGUUUGGAAAAUUCUAAAGGUGCUUCAUUGAUGGGCAGUGGCUUCUCAUCACAAGUGUAAUCUGUAUAUUCUAUCUAGAUAUUUUAUCUGAAGCUGCUUUAGGAAAAAUCCUAUCCCUUCCUUUACUUACUAUAUAGCACUUACCUGUCUGUAAGAAUUAAGACCGUUUUUUUCAGUUAAAAGUCGACUGUCGUUAUUGUUAAAUUUCCCAAUAUUUGCUUUCUGAAUUUGCUUGGGAUUUACAGUUCUAACUCAGCAUUUUAGCUCUGAGAAUGAUAUUGGAACAGCAUUUUGGUUAUGGAGGGUGCUUUAAAUUGCAUCAUACAAUGCGGGGCUGCACCUUAGAAUUAGAAAGGAAAAAAAAAAUAUGUGCGGCGAAAGAUUAUGACGCAGAAUGCGCUGGUUUCUUUAUCUGAAUUGGUUAAUAAUUGGGAUGCACCGAAUCCACUAAUCGGGAUUUGGACGAACCGAAUCCUAACGCUGGCCAUACAGGGGCUGAUAAAAGCUGCCGACAGACCGAGACGGGGCCCUCCGGCGGGAUCGAUAUGUGGCCGAAAGUCGGGGCAGAUGUCGAUCAGGCAGGGUUAAAAAUCCCGUCUGAUUGCGUCCGGAUCUGUUUGUUGGUGCAGUCCCGCGAUCCAACUGCCCGUUUUGCCUACAUCAUGAUCCAAUCGUUGGGCCCUAGUGGCCCUAAAUGGGGGCAUAUCGGGGAGAGAUCUGCUCGUUCGGUGAUAUUGCCAAAGAUCGCUACGUGUAUCGCCACCUUAAUUUGCAUAUUCAGAUUAGGAAUGGGAAGGGAAAAAGUGGGAAAAAAAACCCAUUUUUUUUACUUCCUUUCUGAUAAAAAUCAUGAGAUUUCCCUUCCUGUGUUAUUGUUACACUGAAAAAGGAAAGCGUUUUUAAAAAUUUGGAUAAAAUGGAGUCUGUAGGAUAAGGCCUUAAAAAAAAAAAAAAAAAAAAAAAAAAAAAAGUCGAGAUUUCUCUUCCUGACCCUUAUUUGCAUAUGCAAACAAAGGUUUGGUUCGGACAGGCAUGAUGAUUCGGCUGAAUCCAAAUCCUGCUGAAAAAGGCCAAAUCCUGGCCGAAUCCAAAUCCUGGAUUUGGUGCAUCCCUAGUAUAUACACAGUAUGUUGGGGGGGGGGCCCCUAUGCUCAGGAAAGUGUCAGCAGCCCAGUUCAUGUGCUGGGAAUCUGCAGAGAAGAAGAUGGGGAGCUACUGGGGUAUUUUUGGAGGCUGGUUCAGAAGCCACAAAACAUAGGUACAGGUAUGGGAUCCGUUAUGUGGAAACCAGUUAUCCAGAAAGUUCCGAAUUAUGGAAAGGCCGUCUCCCACAGACUCCAUUUCAUCCAAAUAAUCCAAAUUUUUCAAAACUAAUUCCUUUUUCUGUGUAACAAUAAAACAGUCGCUUGUACUUGAUCCCAACUAAGAUAUAAUUAAUCCUUAUUGGAAGCAAAACCAGCCUAUUGGGUUUAUUUAAUAUUUACAUGAUUUUCUAGUAGACUUAAGAUAUGGAGAUCUAAAUUAUGGAAAGAUCUGUUAUCUGGAAAACCCCAGGUCCUGAGCAUUCUGGAUAACAGGUCCCAUACCUGUAUAGCCUUUGAAAUUCUGUGUUUGGGUUUAGUUUUCCUUUAAGCUCAGAGAAUCCUGCCCAACAAAUUCAAGUGCACCCCCCAAUGCAUUUUCUCUUCCAAUCACAAGAGACCCUUAAAUGUUUGCACUUUGCUCCGUUUCUGGUUUGUACUGGAAAAAUGACCUAAAAUGAGACGUGUGUGUAAUAAAUAUAGAUUUUUGUUUGCGUUUGACGGCCGCCAUGUUUUUAACUUGCUGCUGAAUUAGACAGAAUUGUAAUCUAUUGUUUUCCUUCCUACCCUGGAGUUCGUUUUCUGUAUAAAUCUUUUUCUUUUCGUGAAACCACUUAUGCAGGAUAUUAUUGGAGUUCUACUACGACUCUCCCUGCGAGUUUUAUUAGAAGCUUUAAAUUUUGCACAUUUUUUUUGUUCCUUUUUUCUUUUGCUCCAAAGCAGUUGCACAAUGUUUUUAGACUUUUUUUUCUUUUUGGUAGAAUUUCGAAUACAAGUGAAAACUAAAAAUCCCUACCCUGAUUAUCGGUACAGUUAGGGCAAGGCCAGACAUGGCGUUUUUACGUUGCGUUUUUCAGCACGGAGGUUUCCUUUCC